UCCUUUUCUAACCAUGAUCACCCAGGCACCAGUAGACCACCACCGCCACCAUGACUUGACCACCACCACCACCACCACCUCCCUCUCCUUCCUAAAUUCUUCUUCUUCUUUUCCUUCGUCUUCAUCGAUGCCAUCUUCGCCAGGGACAAGAACACCGCCCUUGUCUUCGCAACCUGUAACGAUACCCCCGAUACCCUCCUCUGCCAGCAUGAGUAUGUUGGUCGAUAUGACCCUCCCCCGCCCCAUUCCUGCUAAAGCCGCUCUCCGCAUGGUCCGUACCAGUAUCAAAACCCUCAUGUACAUGCGUGGUGUCAUUGACACUCCAUGGGAGCAACUUGAGCAGAUGCUACAGAUAGAGCUCCACCUACAAGAACAAGAACAAGAACACGAGCAAGACGGUGAUAGCCAAGACCAAGGAACACAUGCAGCAGGGUCCCAUGGCAUUACAAAACAUUCCAACCGCAACGAUACCACAAUCCCUACGAAAUCCCUGCAAGGUUUUCUUGAAACCGGCGAGCGCAUGUUUAUCGACCUCGAAGAAUCCAUCUACAUCCAACUCUACAGCUAUCUCAAGUCAUCCUCUUUCGCCACACCCUCUUCUAUAUCUACUUCAUCUAUCACUUCUGUGGAAUUACCGCUCAAUCCAAAGUCAACUCGACUCUCAACAUCAUCAACUCCAAGGCUCUAUAUCUCUCUGGCGGUAGUCUUCGGUACGACGGUUACGACACCAAAAGAGCAGUACAUGAUUCGGAUCGGACCACUGGAACCACAGCAACCCUUGUGGACCAGGAUUCCUACACCUUCACCAUCGGCGCCGUUGUUGUCAUUGCAAAGUGAUAUAGCAGGAGCCGGGUCCAGCGGUGUAAGAACCGCUAUGUCGAGUCUGAGCGGCCAUGUUAGGGGAGACAAUGCAAACGGAGUACACGCGGCCGUGGACAUGGAUAUGGAUGUGGAUACAUCUCAUGUUUCGAGUCAUCAGCAUGCAGCAAAGGACCCGAAACUCGCACACGAGGAAAAGAUCUGGGAACGUAAACUUGUCCAGCAGAUCGUGGGGAUUAACAAUAUCACACAUAUUGUCGAUCCUUCCACUCAAUACCACCAACAUCAACAACAUCAGGAAGAUAACUCACUCUCCACAGUGAUACUUCCCGGUCGGACAAAAGUCCAUCUGUUGAUAAAGGCGCCCUCAGGUCUGGCCUUUCAGGGCCUGUUACCUAAGCAAAUGGUCGCCUUCCAGGAAGAUUACAGUCUUUAUGAAAUCACAUCUGCGAGACAAGAGCGGGAGCGAGAGCGAUCAGGAGCUGCGCUUGGCGAGGUAGCAGCUCCCCACGCGAGCAUGACAGGCGGGACUAUCGGCAACAACAAUGCCAAGAAGAAGAAGCGAUGGCCGAUUCAUCAUCUACACGUUCUGGGACCCCUCUCGGCAGAGUCUACAGCGACAAUGGAGCCAUGCAUGACUUCUUUAGAAGGGAGUGGACACUGUAGCGGUACUGACAUGGAAGAGGAUGACAAGACGGAUGAGAUUUGGUACCAGGUGGGAUCUGGCAUCCCAAUACUGUCGUCUCUCCUAUGACGACAUCCAAAGAAACGCCUUGCAAUAUCUUGCAUGGGUUCGUUAUUCUUCCUCUGCUGUCGAAUGCAGUCAAUCACACCGGCACCCGUACGGCACCAUGCAUAUCGGAUCAACAUCCAUUUCUUUUUUUGCUUGACUUUCGCUGCCUGCAGCAUGUACAACAUAAUAAUGAAUCGUAAAAAGAAUGAUAGAUAAAUGAAAUACAACGAUGUUUUUUUAUUGACAAUGAAUGAUAAAG